AUGGUGCUUCACGUUCCUGGUGAAUGCCUCAAAAAUAGUAGGCUGGUCGCUUCCGGCGUCGCUAUCGUAUCAGUAUUGGAUUACGGCGGUGCUUCGAAUCAAUAUACCUUCGUGCCCGACAUAAGUGCUAAGGAAGUCCUGGAAGCAAUUGCGGAAGCCGCUUUCAAAACCAGCGAUUAUCCUGUGUUAUUAUCGUUUGAGAACCACUGCAACCCUAGACAGCAGGCGAAGAUAGCUUCGUAUUGCAGAGAUAUUUUUGGUGAGAUGCUUCUAGCGGAACCGCUCGAAGCAUUUCCCUUAGAGCAGGGCGUUCAGCUACCUCCACCAGCCGCCCUGAAACGGAAAAUAAUCAUCAAAAACAAAAAGAAACAUCAUCAUCACCAUCACCAUCAUCAUCACAAAAAGACUGCUCAGACAGUUGCCGCCGAGGAACUAAAUACCGGUAAUGGAGACUUACCACAUCACGCGCCGCCACUUCAGGUUUAUAGGGAUAUACGUGCAAUUUAA